AUGACGCUCCUUAUCCUUACCGAGACCUCGGCGGGUUACGCCCUCCUCAAAGCCAAAGAUAAAAAGCUCCUCAAACGGGACGACCUUGCGUCCGAGCUGACCAGCGUCGAAAGUGUGACGGCGCAACUGAAGCUGAAGGAGUUUCAAAAGUUCGACAGCGCUGCGGCGGCACUGGAAGAGGCGGCCGCCAUUGUGGAAGGAAAAGUCACACCAGCGCUGUCCUCACUGCUGAACAGUUUGAAGGAUGAGAAAAAGAUCUCACUUGCGGUUGCGGAUCCGAAGCUAGGGAAUGCGAUCGGCAAGAUUCCAGGGUUGGAUAUCAAAGCCGUGGCGGACUCGACCACCGCAGACCUCUAUCGAUCCAUCCGAGAACAUCUCCCUUCGCUCAUCCCGGGACUCUUACCCGACGACGUGAAGACCAUGUCCCUGGGUCUCUCACACUCUCUCGCCAGACACAAACUGAAAUUCUCGCCAGACAAGAUCGAUGUCAUGAUCGUACAGGCAAUAGGCCUCCUGGAUGAUCUGGACAAGGAGCUGAACACAUACGCAAUGCGAGUCAAGGAGUGGUACGGAUGGCAUUUCCCGGAAAUGGCCAAGAUCUUGAACGAUAACCUGGCCUACGCGAAAGUAGUCCUCAAGAUGGGCAUGCGUACAAAUUGGGAGACUUGCGACCUUGCGGAAAUCCUGCCGGAGGAAAUCGAGGCCGCCGUCAAGGCCGCAGCAGACCGGUCAAUGGGCACUGAAAUCACAGAUGAAGAUCUGGAGAACAUACAAAGUCUGGCUGAGCAGGUCGUGCAGUUCACAGAAUACAGAACGCAACUGGCAAGCUACCUAUCAGCACGAAUGACCGCCAUUGCACCCAAUCUCACAGCACUUGUGGGUGAACUCGUGGGUGCGCGGCUAAUCGCCCACGCCGGAAGCUUGAUGAAUCUCUCUAAAAGCCCGGCCAGUACUAUCCAAAUCCUCGGCGCCGAAAAAGCCCUCUUCCGCGCUCUGAAGACGAAGCACGACACCCCCAAAUAUGGCCUCAUCUACCACGCUUCCCUCAUCGGCCAAGCUUCGGGCAAGAACAAGGGCAAAAUGGCCCGAGUGCUCGCCGCAAAAGCUGCCUUGGGUCUGAGAGUCGACGCCCUACAGGAAUGGGGCGACGAUGAAGCCAACAUCCCCGAAGACGAGAAAGCCGCCCUAGGCUUGUCUUCACGGGCAUAUCUCGAGCGCAAACUGGCCGGCAUGGAAGGUAAGCCUCUCAAGCCUCGAGGAGUUGCCAUCGCACCGAACGGUGUAUCAGCCACCCCACAGCCAAAGAAAUGGGAAAUCAAGGAGGCACGGAAGUACAAUCCCGACGCUGAUGGUCUUGCUGGUGACGAAGCUCCGGCCAAAGAAGACAAGAAAUCGAAAAAGGCCAAGAAGAGCAACGAAGAACCGAAGAAACUCAUCGAGGAGAUCGCCGAGCCCGAAGACCUUGGUUCAGGUGUGAGACAAGAAGAGGAUGAGGAUGAGGACGAGGACAUGGAGGACGAGUCCGAACCUGAUGAACCUAUAACUCAAGCCGAGGUCGAUGCUAUCGUCCCAUCCUCGGUCAACGGCGUAAAUGGCACAUCGUCCACCCCGUCAACGCACCAUGCGCGCAAGUCCGAGAAGGAACGCAAAGCGGCCGAAAAAGCCGCGCGCAAAGCUGCUAAGAAGGAAAAGAAGGCACAGGCAGAAGACGCAGCGACGGAGGAUCAAUCCGAGGCUGAUAUUGCGAAGUUUGCCAAGCAGUGUGGCCUGAGUGUGGAGAGGUAUAAGAGAAAGCUCGUCAGGGGCGAGAUUCUGUUUGAUGAGGACGGGACCGCGACUGCGAUCAGCAAGAAGGAUAUCAAGAAGCUGAAGAGGGCGGCAGAGAAGGCCAACUCGGCCAAGACGAAUGGGGAGGUUGAUGGGUCGAAGAAGAGGAAGAGGACAGAUGAGGAUGCAGAGACGCCGAAAGCGGACAAGAAGAAGAAGCGGAAGGAGAAGGCAUGA